GCGGGGCGGCCGGGCGGGGCGGCCGGGCGGGGGGCGGCGCAGCCGGACCCAGGGCGCACUCGGCCCGGCCGGGGCCCCAGCAUGGCCGAACCACUGCUCAGGAAAACCUUCUCCCGCCUGCGGGGCCGGGAGAAACUUCCCCGGAAAAAGUCGGACGCGAAGGAGCGCGGACACCCAGUCCAGCGCCCGGAGCCCAGUCCUCCAGAGCCAGAGCCCCAGGCCCUCGAAAGGUCCCAGGCUGGAGCAGAGGGGCCCCCCAGCCCUGAGGCAUCUCGCAGUCCCUCACGGGGAGCCUACCUGCAGAGCCUGGAGCCCAGCAGUCGAAGAUGGGUGCUAGGCGGGGCCAAGCCACCAGAGGAGGCAGCUUUGGGGUCUGGGGCACCUGGCAGCGGGGAGCCUGCAGGAGAGAUCUGGUACAACCCCAUCCCUGAGGAGGACCCCAGGCCCCUGGCACCUGAGCCCCCAGGGCCACAGCCAGGCUUGGCUGAGCCGCAGGGCCUGGCCCCACAAGGUGUGGCCCCUGCCAGCUCCCCAGCCAAAGCCUCUCGAACCAAAUCCCCAGGCCCUGCCAGGCGCCUCUCCAUGAAAAUGAAGAAGCUGCCAGAGCUCAGGCGGCGCUUGAGUCUUCGAGGCACACGGGCUGGCCGAGAGCGUGAAAGGACAGCCCCCGCUGGCUCCGUCAUCAGUCGUUACCACCUGGACAGCAGUGUAGGGACCCCUGGGCGGGCGGCAGUGGCCGGGGGUGCCCGGGGCCUGCGAGCCGGGUACCUCAGUGAUGGUGACUCACCAGAGCGCCCAGUGGGGCCCCCGUCGCCCACCGCCUUCCAGCCCUAUGAGGUGGGCCCAUCAGCCCGAGCGCCCCCUGCUGCACUCUGGGGCCGCCUCAGCCUGCAUCUGUAUGGGCUGGGGGGUCUGCGGCCGGCACCUGGGGCCACCCCGAGAGACCUCUGCUGCCUGCUGCAGGUGGAUGGGGUGGCCAGGGCCCGCACCGGGCCGUUGCGUGGAGGGCCAGACUUCCUGAGGCUGGACCACACUUUCCACCUGGAACUCGAGGCUGCCCGACUACUGCGAGCCAUUGUGCUGGUGUGGGACCCUUGUGUACGGCGGCACCGGCCCUGUGCCCAGGGCACUGUGCUGCUUCCCACAGUUUUCCGAGGAUGCCAGGCCCAGCAGCUGGCCGUGCGCCUGGAGCCCCAGGGGCUGCUAUACGCCAAGCUGACCCUGUCCGAGCAUCAGGAAGUACCCAGCACAGCUGAGCCCCGUGUAUUUGGGCUGCCCCUGUGUCUGCUGGUGGAGCGGGAGCAGCCCCCAGGCCAAGUGCCCCUCAUCAUUCAGAAGUGUGUUGGACAGAUCGAGCGCCGAGGUCUGCGGGUAGUGGGGCUGUACCGUCUAUGCGGCUCGGCAGCUGUGAAGAAAGAGCUUCGGGACGCCUUUGAGCGAGACAGUGCGGCUGUCUGCCUCUCUGAGGACCUGUACCCCGAUAUCAAUGUCAUCACUGGUCAGCAUGCCUCUUCCCCUCCCACCUCAUAUCUGCCUGCUCCUGAUUCAACCCUCACUUCAUGGCAGUCCCUGUUGCUCCUCUGGGACCUCACCUCUUCUGUCUGGCCUUGUUUUCACCUUCCUGCACCUGUCCUCCUCUUCCCACACCCCCAGCCCCAGCUGACCCCUCCAGCCUCAGAAGCCAAGGUUGCCCUGACCAGAGUGGGCCCUGUGUCCACAGGCAUCCUCAAGGAUUAUCUUCGGGAGUUGCCCACCCCACUUAUCACUCAGCCCCUCUAUCAAGUGGUGCUGGAGGCCAUGGCCCGAGGGCCCCCGAGCAGGGCUCCCCCCAGCACUGAGGGUACUCGUGGGCUCCUCAGUUGCCUGCCGGAUGUGGAGCGGGCCACACUGACGCUUCUCCUGGAUCACUUGCGCCUGGUCUCCUCCUUCCACGCCCACAACCGAAUGACCGCGCAGAACCUGGCAGUGUGCUUCGGUCCCGUGCUGCUGCCGGCGCGCCAGGACCCAGGCAGGUCCCGCAUCCGCACCUCUAGCCCGGGCCUUGCCAACACCGUAGACUUCAAACGUCACAUCGAAGUUCUGCACUACCUGCUGCAGGCGUGGCCAGAUCCACGCAGGUCUCCAGAAGCUCCGGGCUUCGACCCGUACCCGCGGCCCAAACCACAGCCCCCGCUGCACUUGCCGCUGGCGGCUCCCGAAGUAGUGACUCGCCCCCGCGGCCGGGGUGGUCCCGAGAGCCCCCCGAGCAACCGCUACGCUGGAGACUGGAGCGUUUGCGGGAGGGACUUUUUGCCCUGUGGGCGGGACUUUCUGUCCGGGCCGGACUACGACCACGUGACAGGCAGUGACAGUGAAGAAGAGGAUGAGGAGGCGGGCGAGCAGACCAGCGCCGCCGACUUUGAGGAUGAUUUCGAGGCGCCCUUCAACCCGCACCUGAACCUCAAAGACUUUGACGCCCUCAUCCUAGACCUAGAGAGAGAACUUUCUAAGCAAAUCAACGUGUGCCUCUGAGCCUGGUGGGGCAGGACCCCGGUUGCUAAAGGCCCGGCUUCAGAUAAGGAGGACCUGAACUACAGAAACGGACCAGACCAGUCUGUCCGGCAUAGCUCCUGGUUGCUGGGGAGUUGCCUAGUGACCGACCAGCCAGCCAGAUGCUGAGGUUCAUUUCUCGUUUCCAGUGCUAAAUUAUUUGGGUACUGGUUGCAAAGGCCAGGGACUGGAUAUUUUGGGACGAGCUGUUUUGACUAUCUUCGCUAAGUACCAAGGGCUUCUCCCGCUUGCUGGGCUGGCCUCUCUUGCCUCCCCUGUACUGGGGAAACACCAGUUAAUGUGAGCGUCACCCUGGGAUGAUGAGAGACCCCCACUCCCAGUCGGUUCUUUUGCUGCUGCCGACCAAAUCAGUAUUAGCUUUGAGCACUGCACUCUGCUUCUCCCUCCCUUGGAGGAUCCAAGGACUCUGAGGAGGCGCUGUUUGGGGCGGGGUCAAGAACAGCCCCUACCAGACUCCAGCUGGGUAGGGACAGCCUGGAGCUUAUAGAAAAACAGCUGUUCCCCCACUCUUUCCCAGGGAAAACCCCCACAAUUGCCUCAAACCAGCUGGCCCCUGCCUUCCCCAAUUCUUCCUCAAUCCUUAAAGAAAUUGAGCACUUACGAGACCUCCCUCUUGGAGGGGCCCCACCUGAAGUGUCAGGCUGGGGUCACUUUGGUACGGAACGUAUUUAUUGCCUCCAUGCAUGUCUGCGUGUGAGGAUGAGUGUGCAUGGACACCUUUGCAGCAGGCGUGUGGGGCUCUUUCAGGGACCAUGGCGGGGGGUGGGGGGCCGGCGGGCAGGGUGGCCUCACAAUGCUGAGCACCCUGAAAUCUCCAACACUGGUGUCUCAGUGGGUCCCAGAGUUCCAGUGGGAGAGUAAGGUCCCCUCCUGUCCCCCCCUCCCCCUCACAUCUUUGUGAACAAUAAAUCAAUAUGCAUAGG